GCCAAAAUUCUCAAAUGAUUGGCUCACACUUUAAGGUUUGGUUUGAGGAAAUAUAAAAUUAUGAUUUACUACAAAUUGGCUCCAGCUUGGCUUUCUUCACCUUGCCCAAAUCGCCUACUAGUACUAACCAAUACCCAUCUCACUCUUCCUGUCCAAUCUCCAUCUUCUUCUUCCUGCUGCGUUUGAAAAAAAUGGCUAGAAAGAAGAUUAGAGAGUAUGAUUCAAAGAGAAUUCUCAAAGAACACUUGAAACGCCUUGCUGGUUUCGAUCUCCAGAUCUGCUCUGCUCAGGUGACUGAGUCUACAGACUUUGGAGAGUUGACAAAUCAAGAACCAUGGCUUUCUUCUUCAAGAUUGGUGGUUAAGCCUGAUAUGUUAUUCGGGAAACGUGGCAAGAGCGGUUUGGUUGCUUUGAAUUUGGAUCUUGCUCAAGUUGCUGAGUUUGUUAAAGCAAGGCUUGGUGUUGAGGUUGAAAUGGGUGGAUGUAAGGCACCUAUAACUACAUUCAUUGUUGAACCAUUUGUUCCACAUGAUCAAGAAUUUUACCUUUCAAUAGUUUCUGAAAGACUUGGAUGUACGAUUAGCUUUUCUGAAUGUGGCGGUAUUGAAAUUGAAGAGAACUGGGAUAAGGUUAAGACUAUAUCCCUUCCUACUGAAAAACCUAUGACCUUGGAGGUCUGUGCUCCAUUGAUUGCUACCCUUCCUUUGGAGAUUCGAGGUAAAAUUGGCGACUUCAUAAUGGGCGUCUUUGCUGUCUUUCAAGAUCUGGAUUUCAGUUUCAUAGAGAUGAAUCCUUUUACCCUGGUCAAUGGAGAGCCAUAUCCACUAGAUAUGAGAGGAGAGCUGGAUGAUACUGCUACCUUUAAGAACUUUAAGAAAUGGGGUAACAUAGAGUUUCCUCUUCCUUUCGGAAGAGUUCUCAGCUCUACAGAAAGCUUCAUUCAUUCACUGGAUGAGAAGACAAGUGCAUCUUUGAAAUUCACAGUUUUGAACCCAAAAGGACGUAUCUGGACAAUGGUUGCUGGAGGUGGUGCUAGCGUAAUCUAUGCUGAUACCGUAGGGGAUUUGGGCUAUGCAUCAGAGCUUGGUAAUUAUGCAGAGUACAGUGGAGCUCCUAAUGAGGAAGAAGUUCUGCAAUAUGCAAGAGUUGUGAUUGAUUGCGCUACUGCUAAUCCCGAUGGUCGUAAAAGAGCCCUUCUUAUCGGAGGGGGCAUUGCUAACUUUACUGAUGUUGCAGCUACUUUCAAUGGUAUUAUCCGAGCUCUAAGAGAAAAGGAAACCAAGCUAAAAUCAUCGCGAAUGUACAUUUAUGUUCGAAGAGGUGGUCCGAACUACCAAACUGGUUUGGCGAAGAUGCGUGCUCUAGGGGACGAGCUAGGAGUACCUCUCGAGGUUUACGGACCUGAGGCCACGAUGACCGGCAUCUGCAAGGAGGCCAUUGAUUGCAUCAUGUCUACCGCAUAGUUUACGAACUGUUUUGUCCUUCAUCAUUGUGUUUCAGGAUAAUAACUUGGAGGCAGUGUGUAUUCUGAGAAGACAAAUUGUAUUGAGACUAUACUUUUGUGUAUAAGGCUUGAAUCAAAUUGAAUCUUUUCUUACUAAAUGUAAAAGUUGAUCCAAAUUGUUGUAUAGAAAAAUUGAUUCCCCA